AGAGAGAGAGAAGGCAAAUGUUCCCCCAGCUGUUUCCUGUCUACAGUGUCUGUGUUUUGUAGAUAAAUGUGAGGAUUUUCUCUAAAUCCCUCUUCUGUUUGCUAAAUCUCACUGUCACUGCUAAAUUCAGAGCAGAUAGAGCCUGCGCAAUGGAAUAAAGUCCUCAAAAUUGAAAUGUGACAUUGCUCUCAACAUCUCCCAUCGCUCUGGAUUUCUUUUUCCCUCGUUAUCCCUGCUCACCAAUUCAUUUUCAGACUUUGUACUUCAGAAGCAAUGGGAAAAACCAGCAGUCUUCCAACUCAGUUAUUUAAGUGCUGCUUCUGUGAUUUCUUGAAGGUAAAGAUGCACACAAUGAACUCUUCCCACCUCUUCUACCUGGCACUCUGCUUGCUCACCUUCACCAGCUCUGCCACAGCUGGACCAGAGACACUCUGCGGGGCUGAGCUGGUGGAUGCUCUUCAGUUCGUGUGUGGAGACAGGGGCUUUUAUUUUAACAAGCCCACAGGCUACGGCUCCAGUAGUCGGAGGGCACCUCAGACAGGAAUUGUGGAUGAAUGCUGCUUCCGGAGCUGUGAUCUAAGGAGACUGGAGAUGUACUGUGCGCCCCUCAAGCCUGCAAAGUCUGCCCGAUCUGUCCGUGCCCAGCGCCACACUGAUAUGCCCAAAACUCAAAAGUCCCAGCCUCCAUCUACAAACAAGAAAAUGAAGCCUCAAAGGAGAAGGAAAGGAAGUCCAUUUGAAGAACGCAAGUAGAGGAAGUUCAGGAAACAAGAACUACAGAAUGUAGGCAAACCGUCCUGAGGAGCAGAAAAAAUGACAUGUCACUGCAGGAUCCUUUGCUCUGCCCGAGUAACCUGCUAAACAUUGUAACACCUACCAAAAAUUAAGUUCAAUAACAUUUCAAAUAUGGGCAUUUUCCCCCAAUGAAAUAUACAAGUAAACAUUCCAACAUUGUCUUUAGGAGUGAUUGUUAAAAAGCUUUGCACCUUGCAAAAAUGGUCCUGGAGUGGGUAGAUUGCUGUUGAUCCUUUAUCAGUAAUGUUCUAUAGAAAGAAAAUUAUAUAUAUGAUUAUAUAUCUUAGUCCUGCCUCUCAAGAACUGCAAGUGCAUGGGUGUUGUGUAGAUCCAGUUGCAGUAAUUCCUCUUUGAAUCUUGGUUGCUGGAGUUCUUCAUUCAGCAACUACGUCUAAGUGGUUUAUGAAUUGUUUCUCUAUUUACACUUCUUUCCACACAACCCAAACUGCUAGUUUCACAGAGUCUAACAAUCCUGUCUAUCUCUACCAUCCCCUGUCCUUUCAUAAGAUUUUCACUUGUUGAAUUUGGCCUCCUCAAAAGCAAUAGAAAGUGAUAGUCAAUGGCUCACCAAUUUUUAACCUACGUCAUUCCAUCUGUGGCAUUUGUACCAAAUAUAAGUUGGAUGCAUUUAUUUUAGACACAAAGCUUUAUUUUUCCACAUCAUGCUACAAGAACAAAAGUAGAAUAUGAUAGUUUCGACCUUGAGGCCAAUCAUUUUUAGGUGUGUGUUCAAAACAUAGAAUGUCUCUAAACUCUCAAUGGUUCCUUCAAAUGAUAAGUUAGUGUGUGAUCUAAUUAGUAACUUCUCUCUUUUUAUUUCUUCCAUAUAGAGCACUAUGUAAAUUUAGCAUAUCAAUAAUAUAGGAUAUAUCAAACAGUAUGUAAAACUCUGUUUUUUUAGUACAAUGGUGCUAUUUUGUAGUUUGUUAUAUGAAAGAGUCUGGUCAAAACGGUAAAAGGUGAAAGCAAAUCAGAAGGGGAAGCCUAGAGCCAAAGAUGACAAAAUAGGAAAGGAAUUGAAAAAUCCAUCCAUCUAUGAGAAGCAAAGUCCCCCCAGUUAUGCCUCCCAAGAGGAACUUCAGACACACAAUCCAUGAAUGCAAACUUGCUUGGAGGGUCCAGAGAGGAAGUCGUGGGGUGGGAAAAGCAGAAGGCUAGGAAUUUUAGCAGUCCUGGUUUCUUUUUCUCACUGAAGAAACAAAUAUUUGCCACCUCUGCCACAGACUCACCACCGUAUGACCUUGGGCAAGUCACCCCACCUCUGUGCCUCAGUUUCCUCAUCUGCAAAAUGGGGGCAAUGUGUCAUCUACCUACCUCAAAGGGGUGGUAUGAGGAUUCAAAGAUAAAGAUUCAGAUUUUUGCCUGGAUUGCCAGGAGGGUGCGACAUCAGAGCCCUGGAAUUGCUGGGAUGCAGAAAGUCCAACUGACAGCAUAGUUUCAGAAUCAUUCAUCAAUCACUGCAGUGUCAUUAUGACAGUCACAUUCUCAUCAAUGAAGCUAUCCAGUAAACUGUCCAACUAGCCUGUGAAGAGCUAACAGCUCAGUCUUUCCUACAACACUUCACAAAGUAAGCUAGACACAUUUGGUUUAUAAUUUGGUUUUGAUUCUGUAUUUGAACUUAGGAAUAUAAAGAUAAGUGUAAAUGGAAAGGAAAACUUAGAGAAACAAAGUUUUUCACCACUGAAUGAAUAGUUACUCUCUGAUUAGUUCUCAUUGAUUCUUCCAGGCGCUUGAUAUGUAUUUGAUAGUGUCUCUUUAAUAUUAUUACUGAUACACUAUUCAGUUUGAAAACUGAGUUUCCCUUCCCCUUAGUAUAAAAAUAGUAUUUUAAAAUAUUGAAAUAAUGUCUGGUUAAAAGACCACAAAGUUACGUGCUUUAGUAAACUUUAUUCUUAUCCUUGGUGGUAUAUACAUGUACCAUUUUAUUUGUGAAAAUAUGCUAACUAGAAUUGCUUCUUGAGGGCAAAAAUUUUCCUUCUCAACCCCAAUGCUGCCCCUCAUGUCUGCUUAGAAGAAAGAUCCCCAGCUUCCUGUGGAAGUGUCUGAUACAUUAUAUUGGACAUUGAUAUCCAAAAACAUCUAGAAUAAGUUCCGUGCUUAUGGAGAAAGAUUUUCUUUCUCAUUAGAAUAAGUUGUUCAAUAUUCAGAUCUUAUUAGGUACAGCUUUAUCUUUUGCAAAUUUCCUCAAUAUUCUUAGGAAGUGUAUAUCAAAAACACAAAGGACAUCUUUAAUUUUCCUUCCACUUGGCUGCUUCAGAAUCUCUGAAUAAAUACAGAGAGAAAGCCUUGUUCAGCAGAGCACUCAGACUUACUUGGCUGGAGCACCCUGGGCACACUGCACAUGCUCUGAUUACUAUGGAGAGAUGUAAAGGAACUGUAGGUCAGUUUUGCCAUCUGUCUAUUUCCCAGAGAUGAUGUGGAAAAUGUUGGCACCUCCCACCCCCAGCGUGGCUUUUCAAACUUUAAUGCGUACCUUUUAAAAUUGGUGAUUCCUAGAAAAAAACCUUGUAGGCAGUCUUCUACAGAUUUUUGGGUUUCUUGACAUGGUUGGAUUUGGUAAUUCCCGGUAUCUAUGAUAUAUUUUAUUCAUUUAAUUCUAUGUACAGUUAAAGAUUCUCCCAACGAUGUAAUCAUAUAUAUAUAUACAUAUGUAUAUAUGAACUUUUUCCAAUCUAUAUUCCUCUCUAGGUGGAUCAUAAAUCAGUUAUCAAAAAUUAAUUAUACAACACUAUUUUACUUUCAAAUAAAUGAACACUGAAAAAUGAAUCUAUAUAAACUCUAGAAGCCAAUUGAUCAUUAUAUAAUAUUAGUAUGAAUGGAUAUAGUCCCAAUUUAAUUAACAAUACUCAGGUACCUAUGUCAACAUUUGGUCCCACCUCCUCAAAGAGUAUAAAUUACUAUUUGAAUAUUUUUAGAUAAGGGAGUUCUACUGAAAAGGUUAAUGCAUCUCUCCAUCACAAUCUACUUUCCUAGAGUAAAAGAAAUACUUUCUCAGUACCCACCUUAUACUUACCCUACCCUACACACACACACACACACACACACACACACACACACACACGCACACACACAGCCACCUACUCACCCUGAGAGUUCAAUGCAUACUAAAAAAAAAAAUCAGUUCCUUGAAAAUCUUAUUAAAAACAACCCUGACCCCCUUCUUGAGAUGCCUCCUUGGAAUUUCAAUGUGGAAUGUGGAAUGUCUGUGUAGAUGAAACCAUCUCAUACCCUGUGGCCCAAGGUUUCUGUUACUGACUUAUGCAUUUGGGAGAAGGCAUGGACGAUGUAGCAUAUUUUGCUUUCCCAUUUAUUGUUUGGCCAGCUAUGCCAAUGUGGUGCUAUUGUUUCUUUAAGAAAGUACUUGACUAAAAAAAAAAGAAAAAAAAAGAAAAAAAAGAAAGCAUAGACAUAUUUUUUUAAAGUAUGAAAACAACAAUUCUAUAGAUAGAUGGCUUAAUCAGAUAGCAUUAGAUCUAGCCACCACCACCUUUCAACUUUUUAUCACUGACAAGUAGACUAUUGUUCACCAAAUUGUGAGUUUGGGGGUUCAGGGGCAGAAGAUGGAAAUUUUUUAAAACUAGAAGGCUCCAUUAUUUUGUUGGCUCUCAAAUUCAACAAAAUUAGCAAUAUAUAAUUCAAUCUGAAACUUUGAUCAAUAGCUUGGAGUAAAGAUGGGCGAGGAAAAAGAACUUAUAGGCAAAUGGCAGAACUAAAAUGAAGAUUAAGUUGUUUAUUGUUUGGUUUUUUUCACUUUUGGUUUGUGUAUGUGUGCUCUCUCUAAAACAAAUAUCCAGAAAGAGUAAAAAACAAAAGGUUUUUCAUUUUAAGAUAAAUUCAUCUACCACUAAAACCAGCUUUUCCAUAUCCUGGGUAUUCACUGGUGUGUUCUGAUUUGUAGGAGAUUCUCUCCCAUCAGUCAUCUCAAAGAACAGUUGCCCUCAUAGAAGCAGUCACUGAUCUCAUUGGGAAAUGUUGGGAAGUAUUUCCUUAUGAGAUGGGGGUUAUUUACUGAUAAAGAGAAGGAUUUAUGAGAAAUUGUUGAAAAAGAUGGCUAACAAUCUGUGAAGAUUUUGUUUUGUUUUGGGUUUGUUUUUAAUUUGUAGUUUAUACAGUCUUUAUGAAUAUCUUAACAUUCAAAAAUGGCUUCGUCCUUUUCUUCUUUCAUAUUGGAAUGAAAGAUAGGUUAAACUCACACAGACUCUUUAUAGGCUAGGUAGAAUGAAUGUUUGACUUAUUGAAUCAGACUAUUUACAAUGUUUUCUCUAUUUUCAUCUUAAAAGUUUGCCCUAAUUUAUUAGGGAAGAAUCCAUUUGGCUCUCCUUAGAUGAAAGAGCACCCCCAUAAAAACUGCAUGGGUUUUUCAUACAUGUUUUCAAAAGAUAAAAUCUGAUUUACAUUAGGGAAUUAUCUACUCUAAAAUGCAGUAGAAGAAUUGUGAGUCUCUGUGCCCCUCCCCUGUGAGAAACAUAAAGUCCAGAAUAUCAGGGGGGAAAAAAUGAGGGAAAUUUUUGUUGAUUCUUUGUUUUUGUUUUGUUUUCAAUACUAGUGUUUAAUCCUAUAGUACAUAUUUACUUAUUGCUAUUUUAAUAUUCUAUAAGAACUUUCUUGCUAGGUUUUAGAAAUUGAUACAUAGAUACUUUUCUGUGAUUUCUAUUUAAAAGAAAAGAGACAAAAGACUGUCUGAAGAUUUAAGUGCACAUGGUACAGGAUAGAUACCAAUUUAAAUAAAAAGUCAUAUCUGGCAUAAGCCUUUCUUUCUUUUUCAUUUUAAGAAAAACUUCCACAGAUAAGACAGAAGCCCAGGAGAUUUCUGAAACAGUCUUUAUCCCCCGCCCAAGUCCUUCUUUUCUUUUCCAGUUUCUGCCUCAGAAUUUUAUCAAGGCUGACAAAGCCAAAAUCCACCAUUAAAGGAUUCUCUUUUAAAGCAUAUAUUUCACAUACCCCUCUUAAUGUGUGAUUAUUUUUCUCUCUCCUUAUUGUUCAACUGUCAUUGAUAUGUGUUUUGACAAGAGAAAUUUUCAUUAACAAAAAGAAAGAAUACAACAAUCCAAAUGUCAUUUCCCAGUGACAUUAAGAGAUAAGAUAGAAAUGCUUUUUCCUUCUUGAAAACCCAGACUGACUCACCUUCAAAAUGACCUUUCACAAUCCUUAUAAUCUGCCUUUGUUUAAAUUGCCCAGGCCUGAAAGCAAGCAUUACUUAUUUUUUCUUUUGCCCAAAAAUGCACUGGUGUAAAAUGGAAAAAGCGAAAAUAAAGCUCCAAAAAUCCCUUUCAAACCUUAUCCACUGGCCCCACAUCCCACUCACUGACUUAGCAAAUUCACGUCUGUUGAUCUCUUAAGCUGAUUUUUUAAAUAUAUUUAUCUUGUACCUGCUGCUAAACACACUGCAGGAGUGACUCAGAAACCUCAAGCUGUCUAUCACAUCUCUUAUCUGUGUCUAUGUAUCAUUAAAAUGUGUAUUCAAAAUAUCAACACUUCUAAACACCAUGCAGAUUAUAUUCAGUUUACAAAAAUGCUCCAAAUAGCAUGUCAGGUCUUUUUUGCUGAGUCAUUAAUGAACUAUGAGAAUUGGGAUUACAUCAUGUAUUUUGCUUCACGUAUUUUUAUCAUACUUAUAGGUCAAGUGUGAUAAUAAACUUACAGAUACUGAAUUAAUUUUCCUUUGAAACCAGGAAGUAAUAACAUCAUUGAUUGAAUCUGUUUUAUUCAAAAGCAUAUUUUUAUUAAAUUAAUUCUGAUUGUAUUCAAAAUUAUUAUUCAAUUCAUUAUGGCAGAAGGAUAUCAGUCCUAAUUACUUCUAAAAAUGUAAUUAACUGAAUCAUUAUCUUACAUUUACUGUUUAGUAAGCAUAUUUUGAAAAUGUAUGGCUAGAGUGUCAUAAUAAAAUGGUAUAUCUUUCUUUAGUAAUUACAUUAAAAUUAAUCAUGUUUGAUUAA